AAACAUUGUCAGUCAGGUUCAGUCGAGCUUACCGGCAAUAGGAUAAGAGUGUUUGGAUUACAUUCCCCCUUUUGUGAUUUCAGUUGAGUCUGUGUGCUGUAUUCGCUAGGUGUCUUAUAUAAUUAUCAUAUAUCGCUGCUUCUGUUUUGGAAAAGUACAAAAGCCGGUGCUGAAGCAAGUUAAUCGUUCAGUGUUUGUUGUUAGUCGAAGUGAUUCAAUAGCGAUACUCUAUACCACGGUGCAAAAUGUCUCGCAACCCAGCCGAGAAUCAGCUGAAUUCCUUCAAGGAAACUCAAAAGGAAAAGUUGGUCUGCACCGACGCCAAUGGCGCUCGCGUUGGGACGAUGUCGGCGGUAGUAACCGCCGGUGAGCGUGGGCCUGUCAUGCUCCAGGACUCGACUCUUCUUGAGGUGCUGGCUCAUUUCGACCGCGAGCGCAUCCCGGAACGUGUUGUGCACGCCAAGGGUGCCGGCGCUUUCGGUUAUUUCGAGGUGACCCAUGACAUCACGAAGUACUGUGGAGCCAAGCUUUUCGAGAAAAUCGGAAAGAAAACUCCAGUUGCGGUGCGAUUCUCCACGGUAGGAGGCGAGAGCGGAUCGGCUGAUACUGCUCGCGAUCCACGUGGUUUCGCCGUCAAGUUCUACACCGACGAUGGCGUCUGGGAUCUUACUGGAAACAACACCCCAAUCUUCUUCAUUCGUGAUCCUAUCCUGUUCCCUAGCUUUAUCCAUACUCAGAAACGUAAUCCAGCAACCCAUCUAAAGGAUCCUGAUAUGUUCUGGGACUUCAUCACCCUGCGUCCGGAAACCACUCACCAGACCAUGUUCUUGUUCGCAGAUCGUGGUCUUCCUGAUGGAUACCGUUUCAUGAACGGAUAUGGAUCGCAUACUUUCAAGUUGAUUAACUCAGAUGGAAAACCCGUGUACUGCAAGUUCCAUUUCAAGUCCGACCAGGGUAUCAAAAACAUGGAUGCCAAGCGUGCCGAUGAACUCUCUGGAUCUGAUCCGGAUUAUAGCAUUCGCGAUUUGUACAAUGCUAUUGCCACCGGAAAACAUCCGAGCUGGACCUUGAAGAUCCAAGUAAUGACUUUCGAGCAGGCUGAAAAAUGUAAAUUCAAUCCAUUCGAUCUUACUAAGAUUUGGCCCCAGGGUGAAUACCCACUCAUUCCUGUUGGAAGAAUGGUUCUGGAUCGUAACCCAAAUAAUUACUUUGCUGAAGUUGAGCAAAUUGCGUUUGAUCCCAGCCAAAUGGUCCCUGGUAUUGAAGCAUCUCCGGACAAAAUGCUUCAGGCUCGUCUGUUUGCGUAUGUCGAUACUCAUCGCCAUCGCCUUGGUGCCAAUUACAGGCAGUUGCCAGUAAACUGUCCUUACCGCGUAUCAGUCAAGAACUACAACCGUGAUGGGCCCAUGAAUUCUACGGACAACCAGGGAGGAGCACCAAACUAUUUCCCGAAUUCAUUCGGAGGUCCCACUCCGUGCCCUGAAGCAUUCAAACUGCUAAACAGCGAGCUCAAGUGCAGUGGCGACAUCAAGCGCUACGAAGCCGUUGAUGACGAUGAAUUUUCACAACCGGCUGUAUUCUACAAAAAAGUACUGGAUGAAGCUGCCCGCAAGCGCAUGAUCGCAAACAUUGUUGCCCAUCUGUCAAACGCUUCUCCGUUCUUGCAGGAACGCGCCGUCAAGAAUUUCAGCCGGGUUGAUGCUGAUCUCGGACGUCAAAUUGCCGAGGGUGUAAAACUAACCCGCUCGGCCAAAAUGUAAUCCAGAGAAUUAUUUUCAAUGAAAUAUAAUACUGAUCACACACAUACAAAUUUAAUUAUACACUAUAUUCUAUACACGAAGGAGAAUCGAAGGUUUAAAAGGGAUAUAAUUUACAUUUCUUAUUUCCAUUUUACUUAGAGGUAUCUUUUUACAACUUUAAAUGUUAACAUUGUCUUGGGAUAAAUCAUAAUUCCAAUAAAGUUUAACGAUUUCCUAUAA